CAAGGCUCCCUCCGCAGGGUCAGACACACUUUUUCAUAACACAUUUUCACUCUGCCACUAACACAGUUCAUUUCAAAAGCUUAAACUAGUAAUUCAUUCCAAAUUUACUACAGGCAUAUGUAUUCUUGUCGUUCACACUAGACACAUGUUUCGGCGCUCACACACAAACUAAUGUUUUAUCGGACCUACUUCUUCUACUAUCGUUGACAGGCAGUGCUUCGGUCGAUCCGAAACAUGGCCUCCAUGAUGGAGCGUACGCUUUAACUUUAAUUUUCGCGUUUUAGAGGUGAAAAUCACGCUUUUUAUUUCAACCUCAAGGGAAUGUUUCGUCGGAAAAUAUUAUGUCAACCCUAUGAAACAAAUGCUAUCACUCGGAGAAGUUCGUUGCUGGAAUUAAAAUCGGUUUAAGUUGGCUGCAAAGCUGGAGAGGAAAAAGAGAAUUGCAUCAAUUCCAAUGCCAUCAGGGGCUCAGUCUCAGGAGCUUCGGGACAGGGGCCCGCCUCCUCCUGUCACUCGUGCCGGACGCAGCGCCGGAUUGGCCAAGGCGGCUGCCAGCAGUCCUACCCCUGAGAAGCGGCCGCGUGGGCGACCUCGGAAAGACGGGAGUACCGGCCGCUCCGCGCUGCCGCCGACUCCACCCCCCCCAACUCCCCCGCCACAAUCAAGGACAAACCGGAGGAGUCGAAGUCGAAAUCAGGAUGAAGACACCCGGAGUCCAACAGCGAAGAAAACGCCACAGAAAACAGAGGUUAAAGAGUUGAAGCCAGUGGGCCGACGACGAUCAGCUUCAAGAAAAAAAUCCACCCCCGAUCCCGAACCAGAUCCCGAUCCUGAACCAGUACCCACAGAGGACAGGCUCAGUCCACAACCAGAGCAGAACCCCACCCCUGCCCCAUCGGACACUGAACGGGACUCCCCCUCCAAGGAUGACCUGGCAGUGCAGAGCCCAAACCCAGACCCCGGCCCAGGGGACGCAGACAGAGCCAGCCCCAUCCCUCCGCCUGUCGGCACGGAGUGUCAGCCGGACCCUGGACUAGCUUCUGAUCAUGGAGGAGGGCCACCGGCCGAUCCUGUCCCCGCUUCCCCAGUGAACACCCCAGUCAGUAGCCCUGGUCCUAGCCUGAGGGCAGAGCCUGAACCUGGGGAACAACACCGACCCAGCCCUGACGCGAGUCACACACCGUUGGAGGAUUCUCCUCAUCUUUCCCCCACUCUCAUGGAAGCCACAUGUAAUGCUACGCCGAGCGCUACGGAGGGCCCACCUAAUACCAGUCCUGGCCCAAUGGAGGAAGGUACCAGCCCUCAAAGUCCCAGCCCAGUGGGAGGCAGUUGUUCGGCUAGUCCUCUCCCUCUAGAGGCUAGCUGUACUGCUGGCCCUCUGCCUGUGGAAGGUACAUGUCCUCAGAGCCCUGUGCAGGAUCCCUGUCCUCCUAUUCCCAACCCUGUGGGGGAUCCCUCUCUUUGUAGCCUCAGUCCGGUGCAGGAACAGUGUCUUCCACAGGACGGUAGCAGCAUGGUAGAGGAGCAGUGUCUUCCGCAGGGCAGUCGCCCUGUGGUGGAGGUGGAGUGCCCUCCCAGCCCCAUGGUGGAGCAGUCUCCACGUAGCCCCGCCCCGGUGUUGGAUCCAUGCCCCUGUAGCCUGAGCCCCGUGGAGCUUACUUGUCCCGGCAGCCCCAGCUCUGUGGAGGAGGAGUACUGUCCGCACAGUCCUUUGCCUAUGGAGACCACUGGGGAGAGGGAUAGCCCAACGCUCCAGAGCCCUGUUCCCAGCCCUGUUCCCAGCCCUGUUCCCAGCCCUGUUCCCAGCCCCUGCCAGAGCCCGUGCCCCAGGUUGAGCUACAGUCCUGGGCAGGAGGAGGACUCUCUGUCCCCCUUGUUCCACUGUUCCCUGUCAGACGAUUCUGGAGGUUCGCCGGCCCCCUCCCUCGGGCAUGCCAAAAAACGAGUCAAGCAGUGUGCCUUCUGUUACCGUGGUGACGACCCUCCCCUGGGUCAGGGUCACCUGGUGGUGUUCGGACCCACGCCGGGCUAUAUUCCCCUCCACAUCCUCAACCGCCGCGCCUCCCCGGACCGCGAUAACGAUUGCCAUGACGACUGCUACCAAGUCGACCAGGGGGCUCGCACGUGCGGGAGUCCGGAUGGUUCUGGUUCCAACGAUGAGGAGAUGGACCAGAGGACAUCCACAGAGUUCAUACAACAACUGGGUGCAAUCGGGCUGCCCCACGACAUCAAUGUCCAAUCACUGUUUGAUCCCACAGGCCAGUGCUGUGCCCACCUGCAUUGUGCAUCAUGGUCAGAAGGGGUUUGCCGAGGGGAGGGCCAAUCAUUGCUCUACGUCGACAAAGCCAUCGACUCAGGAAGCACACAGGUGUGCGUGUUCUGUCUUCGCCUGGGGGCGUCGCUACGUUGCCAGGAGACGGGCUGUGGGCGGAGCUACCACUACCCAUGUGCUGCAGCAGCCGGGGCACACCAAGACUGGGAGCAGAGACGCACGUUUUGUACCCGGCACACACCUGCAGUUUCGUCACAGUGUGUGUUGUGUUCCGAUGCGGGGGACGUCGGCAACCAGUUGAUGUGUUGUUGUUGUGGUAAUCGUUACCAUGGUAGCUGCCAGGACCCCCCCAUAACGCCAACCCCUCUUUGUAGGGCUGGAUGGCAGUGUCCUCUAUGUAGGGUCUGCCAGACCUGCAGGUUGCAAGGAGAUGAAAAUGCGCUGCUAGUCUGUGAGUGGUGUGAUAAAGCAUAUCACAUGCAUUGUCUUGCACCUGCCUGGGAAGAAACGCCUGGAAACCGCUGGAGGUGUAAGAACUGUCGUGUGUGCAAACGGUGUGGAGUGAGAUCUUCAGGUCAGUGGGCCAAUCACCUUACUCUGUGUGAGUCGUGUGACCCUGGCCUGCCCUGCCCACUCUGCGACCAGGCUUCAGAUCCCUCUUCCAUGCAAAACCAUCUCACCUGUUGCACCUGCUAUAGGUCUGUCCAUGUGCAGUGCGCUGGACAGGUCGCCACAUUGGAUCCCGACAGCUACACUUGCUCCUUCUGCAAGGCUCUGGAGGACUCUACCUCAAAUGCUUUCGGAAUGCAAAGCCCCGCACAGACUCUGUCCCUCUCAGAGACUCCGCCUGUCAGCUAUACUGAGGACAUGCCAUCGUCUCCACAUGCCCCACCUUCGUCUUCGCAGCCUCCACCUUCCCCCACUGAGGCUCUGCCCUCUCCUAUACAGGCCCUACUCAUGCUGCCACAGCAUUCACUUUCACUGCCACAGGCUUCAUCCCCUUCAAAACAAAUGCCUCUGUCACCAGUUCAAGCCCCGCCUUCUCCUGUACAAUUCCCGCCUUCUCCUGUACAACUCUUGUUUUCUCCUUUAGAAGCCCCGCCCUCUCAGGUUCGAGCCCCGCUCUCUCCUGUUCAAGCCCCGCCCUCUCCUGUUCAAGCCCCGCCCUCUCCUGUUCAAGCCCCGCCCUCUCCUGUGCAAUCGCCACCUUCUCCUGUGCAAUCGCCACCUUCUCCUGUGCAAGCCCCGCCAUCUCCUGUGCAAGCCCCGCCAUCUCCUGUGCAAGCCCCGCCAUCACCUGUGCAAGCCCCGCCUUCACCUGUGCAAGCCCCACCUUCACCUGUGCAAGCCCCACCUUCACCUGUGCAAGCCCCGCCUUCACCUGUACAUGCCCCGCCUUCACCUGUGCAAUCCCCAACUUUACUUGUACAAGCCCAACUGUCUCCGGCUCAAGUCCUGGAAGCCCCGGAGUCUCCUGUACAAGCUCUAGAGGCCUUGGAGUCUCCUGUACGAGCUCUAGAAGCCCAGGAGUCUCUUGAACAAGCUCUAGAAGCCCAGGAGUCUCUUGAACAAGCUCUAGAGGCCCCGGAGUCUCCUGUACAAGCUCUAGAGGCCCCGGAGUCUCCUGUACAAGCUCUAGAGGCCCCGGAGUCUCCUGUACAAGCUCUAGAGGCCCCGGAGUCUCCUGUACAAGCUCUAGAGGCCCCGGAGUCUCCUGUACAAGCUCUAGAGGCCCCAGAGUCUCCUGUACAAGCUCUAGAAGACCUGGAGCCUCCGGUACAAGCUCUAGAGGCCCCAGAGUCUCCUGUACAAGCUCUAGAAGACCUGGAGCCUCCGGUACAAGCUCUAGAGGCCCCAGAGUCUCCUGUACAAGCUAUUGAAGCCCCACUGUCUCCUGUACACGUCCCCUCCUCUCCUGUACAAGCCCCACCUUCUCCUGUACAAGCCCCACCUUCUCCUGUCCGAGCCCCCACCUCUCCUGUACAAGCCCCACCCUCUCCUGUUCAAACCCUGCUCCUGCUGCCACUGCCCCAGGUCUCAAUGCCACUUGCUCCUCCCUCUCCUAUACAGGGUCCUUCUCCUCUUCAAGCCCUUCCCUCUCCUGAACAUUCCCCAUGUCCUCCUGUAGAAACCAUGUACUCUCCUGUACAAGCCCCAUCCUCUCCCGUACAAGCCCUAAGAGACUCCCCUUCUCCUGUACAAGCCCUAUCCUCUCCUGUUCAAGCCCCGCCUUCUCCUGUACAAGCCCCGCCUUCUCCGGUUCAAGCCCCGCCUUCUCCGGUUCAAGCCCUGCCUUCUCCGGUUCAAGCCCCGCCUUCUCCUGUUCAAGCCCCGCCUUCUCCUGUUCAAGCCCCGCCUUCUCCUGUUCAAGCCCCGCCUUCUCCUGUGCAAGCCUCGCUUUCUCCUGUGCAAGCCUCACUUUCUCCUGUACAGGCCCCUCCCUCUCCUCUAGAAUCCCCGCCUUCACCGGCUCAACCAUCUCUUAUACAGGCAUCCACUAACCCAGUACAGGCUCAACAGGCCCAUACAUCCUCUGAAUGGGCUUCAUCUUCACCGCAACGGGAUCCUACUCCUGAACAAGCUCCUCCUCCUGAACAGGCUCCACCUUCUCCUCUACAGGCUCCACCUUCCCCUGAACGGUUCCCAGAGUCACCGGCCCCAGUUCCACUUUCAACGUCAUGUGCUUCACCCACCACCACAGAGGAGAAACUCAUCUGUCCUCCACUCAAUUUUUCGUCUUCGCAAGCAUGUCCACUCUCUCCUAUUAAGGUCUCAACCUCACCUUCACAUUCUCCACCCUGCAGCCCGCUUCCUGCUGCAUGUAAUUCAACAGAGGCUUCAGCUGCCGGCUCUACUCACAGUCCUUCCCAGCACAGAUUUCCAGAGCCUAUGAUGAGGGUUUCACUGACCCGUUGCAAUCCUCCCUCACCCAGCACUGACUACACCAUCUCCAGUCAGACCCAACAGAGUGCUGGGAAGGACAGCCCUUUGAAUCCCCCCUCAAGUCUUACUGUCACAGAGGUCCAGCUUGUGCCUGAAGAGACGGAGGCCAUGGCCGUUACUGCCAUGCAACACGGUGGGACUCCACACAGCCCUACACAGCCCAGGCCUUGCUCCAUGGCGGUUGAGCUCAGUGCUGUGGUCGGGGAGCACAGCCCCACGUCACACACACUUUCAAAGGAAAGUUCUAUCCUCAGUAGCCCCACUAAUCUGAAUAUCACACAAUCUGACCUUGGUGCACAAUGUAGUCUAGUGGUGUCUGCUCCGUCUUCACCAAUCCCUUCAUCACCAGAGCACCGGCCCACAGAAGAUCUUACACUGGACCAGCGGAGCCCUGAAUCAAGUAUUCCCACUCAGAAUGCUGCCCCUAGCCCAAUGUUGGAUCAGGCUGAACAGGACAUUUCUGCACUGGACAGGGGAAGCGUUUCACCCACCUACUGUAGUCCGACUCUCUCGUUAAGAACCCAAGCGGUCCGAACGGCUCUUUCAGCUCCGUGUAGCCCCUCCCACUCACCUCUUAGACCCACACAAUGUAGUUGGUCACAGCCUGCUAGCCCUGCACAGCUUAGUGCUACACCUCGAAGUGCAAAAGAAAAGCGCUCUGCAGAACUGAACACGCAGGCUCCAGGCUCUUUAACGACUAGUCCUAGCCAUGAAAACCAAACACUGGAAAGUAAUCUUGCCAAUCUUAACCCUGCUCUCGACCUGCCUACCGCCUCCUCCCCAGUUAGCUCUCCCACGCCGAGCCCUGUUAGCCUUGAAGACUCUAGUUUACUUCCUAACCCUGCAUUGCCCACUUCUGAAGACAUUGACCAUGGUACAACCUCAGAAGAUCUGGACAACCAAGCUGGCUCUACUGAAUCUAUAGAAAUAAUGAAUAUCCUGGCACCAGCUAGCCCAGCAACAGAAGGUUCUCAUGUCAGCCCCACUCAUGUCUCUGCCCCUGCUGCUCCCAGCCAUGCUAGCGAAAUGCCCGCUGCACACUCUACUGCUAGCAUUAGUCCUGCCCAAGACUCUCCUGCUGCCACCACUGUCCAUAUGAGCCCAACGCAUCAAGCUAGUGCCUCACCACUGUCAAAAAGUCCCUCCCCCUCAACCGACACUCAGGAUGAGCAGAUUGAGAUACCUGUAGCCACCCACUGUCCUUCCGAUUCAAUACAAGAUAGCCUUAUCCAUUGUAGUUCCCCUCAGGCCAGCCCUGUCCAUUCAAAUUCAUGUUGUGCUAGCCCGAUCACCAACGACGCUGAUGCUGGCACCACACACUUGAGUUUCUCAGAGGCUAGUCCUUCACACCAUCAGACUAGCUCAAGUCCAACUCUUGUCAGUACAAGUGAGAGUGUUUCUGUUGAUAGCCUCACACAUUCACAAGCCAACUGCAGUUCCACACAUGCCAAUCAGGGAGAAGGUAGUCCCAUGGCUGCACCAACUGGCUUCAGUCCAAUGUUAACAGAUACCAACCUUGUCCAUAAUCCCGCAAGUGAUACAAGUCCUGUUUCCAUAUCCAAUUCUUGCCAAACACAAGUAAGCCCAGUAAUCACCAGUUGUGCAAUCAUCACCCCAAGUGUGGCUGGGUCCAGCCAUUCUGCCCACUCUAGUCCCCCCCAUGAUCACUCCAGUCCGCCGCAUUCUAGCCUGUGCCAUGCACAUAGUCCCCAGCAGGCGGACUCAACACAUUGCAGUCUUCCAAAUGCUAGCCCUGCGCACAGUCCAGUGCACACCAAUGAAACCUGUGCUAGCCCAGCACGUAGCCCCUUUGAGACCAGUGAACCCUGUGCUAGCCCUAAGCUCGCUCCACCGUACACCUCUGAUCCCUGCACCAGCAGCAGACAAAGUCCCGUCCGCAGCGAGGAACCCUGUGCUAGCCUCUCGCAAAGUCCAACACACGCCAGUUAUCCUCGCGAAAGCCCUGCUCCCAGUCCUCUGCCCACAGGGGGAUCCUGCAGGAGCCCUAUGCACUCUGCUCCAGCCAGUCCUCUUCAGGUACACCCCCAAUCUGUUGAAAGUACAGACUGUUUCAGCCACAGAGGCUCGACACCGCCCAGCCCCUUGCACCACGACGACUCUACUGUUAGCUCGAGGCCAAUAAGUCCUCCACAAACACAGCAAACCUUGGUUACAGAGGCCCAGGACCUAAUUGCGACAACGAGUACCCCUCCUGGAAGUCCUGCUGGCCCUGUCCUGCCCGGUUCCUAUGACGGCUUCUCUCAGGCGGCUACAUGCCACACUGGCCCUGUCGGUGCUAGGUCACCACCGGUUUCACCGCUCCAUGAUCGCCCUGUCCAUGCUGGUUCCACUCCGUCAACCCCCGUCACCACUAGCCCGGUCGACGCUAGUCCUCUUCGUUCUAGCCCGACUCAUGCUAGCCCUGUCCAUGCCACAUCUCCUCAGACUGCCUCCAUCCAUGGUAGCCCUGUCCAUGAAAGUACCUCUCCGUCUAGAUCCAUCAAUGCCAGUUCUGUCCACGGUGGUUCUCUCGAGUCCGAUUCAACCCAAGCUAGCCCUGUCCAUUGUAGUUUCACUCAGUCUAGUUCAGUCCACGCUACCCCUGUCCAUGAAAAUUCUCCUCCCUCUAGCCCCAUCAGUGUAAGCCUGAGCCAUACUAGCUGCCCUCAGUCUAGUUCCAUCAAUGCGACCUCUGCCCAUAGAAGUUCCCCCAAUUCGAGCCCCUCUCAGUCUAGCUCAAUAUGUGCUAGCCCGUGCCUGGCUAGUACCACACACACAAGCCCUGUGCAUUCUAUUUCGACUCCAGCUAGGCCAACGGCAUCGAGUCCUGUUCACUGCACCGCUGCAGUGCCUAGCCCUAGCACCAGCAGAGACGGAGAAGUUGACGGAAUUACCUCUGUGGACGAACCCAACGGCCAACAAGAAAUCCCCCUUCUGGAUGAAAUCACUCACUCGCAACACUCAAGCCCAACGUUGAGCCCCACACAUUUACCCUUCACACAGACGGGUGCUGAAGCCUCAGUCUGGUCUGACGUCAGCCCUGGGCCUGGAGGAUUGCUUCCUAGCCAACUCAGCCCGAAGCUAGACGAUGUUUCUCAGAUACAAGUACCUCUUGAUGACACCAUAGCUAGGGAGGAGAUGAAGGAGGAGAAACAUGAUGUUGUGGAGGCGCUGGCAGAGAUGGAACCAGAGACGCAGAAGGCUGAGGAGAGGACAGAACCAGAGGAGGAUAACCAGGGGGAUGAAGGGGUUCUAGGGCAGAUACCAGAGAUGGAGGACAUGGAGAAAGUUCAAAACCAGAGAAUCGAGGAGGAGAAGGAGGCAGUCCCGAUACGAGAGGAGGAGAUUGAGGAGCAAUUUCAAGGGAGCCCACAAGAGGAGCCUCAAACAUCACUACCAGAGGAUGAAAUUGAAGACAUCCAGUUUGCCAACAUCCAGACCAUGGUUUCUCAGUCUCCACCCCGGACUAGCACCUCUUCCCCCCCUCUCCCCAUCAACACCUCCUCCUCCUCCUCCUCCUCCCCUCAGCUCUCUCCCCAGCAAUCCCCAUCCCUAAGCUCCGCCCGGCCUCUCUCCCCGUCCUCCAUCACCUCCUACUCCCCACGUUCCUCUCCUCCCAGAGCGGGUUCUCUGGAGGUCAGCAGCUCUCCCCCCACCUUCUUCCACCGGGCCGCCGUCCCCCUCUCCCCCUCGCCCCUCUCUUCCCCCCAGCCCUCCUCUCCAGCGGCCUCUCCGGCCGCGGCCCCCUCUCCCCCUGGGGACCUCCUCCAGGCGGAGGCGUCCACUGGUCAACAAGAGGCAGAACCCGAGGCGGCAGGAGGAGGAUCCCCCCUGCGCUGCGAUUUGGCUCUAGACGGGGCAGAGGGCCAAUCGGAAACCUUGGCAUUCCCUGACGAUGUGACAACGGCCGCCGUUGACCCCCAUAAACCGCUGGGUGAACGUAAGGAGACGGGAGAUGACGAGGGCGUGCCGGCAGAGUCGCAACGUGCUGAAACCUCCAGACCUCCGUCAACGUUGAUCCACGACGUGGAGGUUGCCAGGCAACAGUCAACGAAGGAGCCCCAUGACGGGGAAGAACAACCGAAAGAACCGGGAGCAGAUUCCUUCUUUCCGACGGAGGUACGGGGUAGGGAGGAGGACGAGGAUGUCAAGAGGAAAGGGAUCAACUUGGACGAGGGCCAAUCAGAGGUGGCUUGUGUGGAGGAGGCGAUAAGAAAGGAACAACAGGUGGCGGAGGAGAUGAAAGGGAUCAUUUUAGAUGAGGGCCAAUCAGCGGUAGAGUGUGUGGCGGAGGAGGUAAGAGAGGAGCAACAGGUGAAGGACAAGAGGACAGGAGAGACUGGGGACGGGACACGAGAGGAUGAAGAAGAGGAUGAGGAGGAGGAAGUGGUGGAGGAGGAGGAGGAGGAGCCGUUGUCCCCUAUUGCAGCACGAGGCGAGCAGCCAGUCAGUCCCAUGCUGGAGCUGGACACGGAGGUGCUGGAGCUCAUGAGCUCCUCGUCUCCCCCGGCCUCCCUCCUGCACCCCUCCCACAGCCCCUCUCGCUUCCGCCGGGCCAAGAGCUGGUGCCUCAGACCUCCCCCUUCCUCCAGGCCCUCGGACGACCUCUCUAUCCGCCUUACGAUGUCCCCCUUCUCCACGGAGGCCUCCCCCGACAACUCCCCCACCAGGGACCCGGCCACCCCGCCUCCCCUCUCCCCCUGCUCGCCCCCACUCUCUCCCCACUCGCCGCUGUCCCGGGACGACUCCUCGCCGAGUGUCACGGAGUCGCCGCUGCACAACAAGCAACUGGUCUCCAGUUCGAGCGUAUCGCUGCUGUCCCCCACCAUCGUCCCCAUCACACUGAAGAUCGGUAUGGGGAAACCCGCCAUCACCAAGAGGAAGUUCUCGCCUGGCCGACCCCGUGUGAAACAGAGUACCUGCUGGAGUAAUCGCAGGGCAGUGAGCCCCCCCUCCUCCUCCCAGGAUUCCACAGGAGAGGGGGGUUGGAGCAGCCCUAAGUCCCGCCCAUCGGAUUCCCCCCUGUGGAGCAUGAAAGUGGGCCGAGGGUCCGGCUUCCCAGGCCGGCGGAGAGCCAGAGGAGGAGGAGGGUUCGGGGGCGGGAGAGGAGGUCGAGGAAGGAGCCGACUGAAGACCCAGGAGUACAUCCCUGUGUCGCCAGGCAUCCCUCAUGAGCCGGUCUAUCAGCUGAAGGACGAGGAAGAGAACUCCAUGCACAACACAGUGGUCAUGUUCUCUACUUCUGACCACUUUACGCUCCGACAGGACAUGUGUGUGGUGUGUGGGAGCUUUGGCCAGGGAGCUGAGGGGAGACUAUUAUCUUGUUCCCAGUGUGGACAGUGUUACCAUCCAUUCUGUGUCAACAUCAAGAUCACGCGAGUCAUUCUGACCAAGGGGUGGCGCUGCUUGGAGUGCACGGUGUGUGAGGCGUGCGGGGAUGCCAGCGACCCAGGACGACUGUUGCUAUGCGACGACUGUGACAUCAGCUACCACACCUACUGUCUGGACCCGCCUCUGCACACGGUGCCCAAGGGAGCCUGGAAGUGCAAGUGGUGUGUGUGUUGCGUUCAGUGUGGUGCGACAUCGCCAGGCCUGCGCUCUGAUUGGCAGAAGAACUACACCCAGUGUGGUCCCUGUGCCAGCCUGGCCCAGUGCCCCCUGUGCCAGCGAUCCUACAACCACCAUGACCUCAUUCUCCAGUGUCAGCAAUGUGACCGGUGGGUCCACGCUCUUUGCCAGGGGCUGACCAACGACGAAGACGUGGAGUACGCUGCCGACGAAGGCUUUGACUGUACCCUGUGCCGCACUCACAGCCGCACCGCCUACGGUAAUACGAUCAGAGCGAGAUCCGACAGUUACGAAGCCCCCUAUAUGGCCCAGAUUGUUCCCCGCCACCGAGAUCCUGAAGUGAAGACCUUCACCCAGGACGGCGUGCGGCUCACCGAGUCCGGUCUGACCCAGCUCCAGUCUUUAGUGGAGCCGCUCACGUCGCCGCGACGAUACCGCAGGUCCAAGCCUAAGCUGAAGCUGCGGAUCAUCAACCAGAACCGGGUGUCUGUGCUCCAGACCCCCCCUGACCCCGAUGCCCAGGGCGACCUGAGCCGGGACGGCGACCGCGAUGACUGCAGAGGUGGGCUGGAGUGUGAGAUGAAGUCAGACUCCAGCCCGGAGCGGGAACACGGCCAUGACGACGACGUCAACAAGGACAUGGAGGUUACCGACGGCAACAAGAAGAGGAAGAGGAAACCUUACCGGCCCGGUAUCGGUGGCUUCAUGGUGCGUCAGAGAGGGGGGAAGGCCGGGCCAGGCGGAGCUAGACGAUGUCUGGGCAGGAAAGACUCCAGUGGCUCCUUCAUGGAGACCAAAGAGGAGGCUUGUGCUGAGAUGGAGGGACAGACGGCGCCCCCUGCUGACCAGGUGGAGAAGGUUAGGAAGAGAUACCGCAAGAAGAAGAGCCAACUGGAAGAAGCAUUCCCAUCGUACCUUCAGGAAGCCUUUUUUGGGCGGGACUUGCUGGACAAGAGCAAGCAGCAGGACAGCGCCGUAGCCGCUAGUCAUGACCAAUCCAAAGCAGAGACCAAAGUCCUCGCCCCUACGUCACUGGACCACUCCCCUGCCAACGCAUCGACGAGCGCCAUGACAACCAUUCCGGGCAGGAAGCAGGUGCCUCUGUCCAUGUCAAAGGAUGUUCUUGUGGAUCUUUGUGGUGUCCUCAACACUGACGCCCACAUACUGGCCACUGGACACACAGGUCUCGAUAUUUGCCACUUCCAGGGGGCUCGUUCCCCCUCGCCCUUUGCCGGCCUUGACAUCGGCCCCCUGACGGACGACUCCUCGUUGACCCCUGACCAGGCAGGAGGUAGUGGGCGGGGCCACAGAGUGGGACAGGACGAGCACCUGGACGCCAUCCUCAGCCCAGAGCUGGACAAGAUGGUGUCAGACGGUGCCAUGCUCAGCAGGCUAUACAGAAUCCCAGAGCUGGAGGGUAAGGACGUAGAGGACCUGUUCACCGCGGUCCUCAGUCCCAGUAGCAGCACGUCCACCAGCAUCAGUACCAGCAUCAGCAGUACCAGUCAACUGGACCACAGCCACCACGGCCCUAUGGGAGCCAAGGCCCUGCCUAACCCCACAGCAGGAAGGAUGAUUCCUCGUCUUCCAGUGAUGAACGGCCUCGCUGGAGCUGGGUCUCACUUUCCUACAACUCCCAUAAUGCCGAGCAUGUCUGGAGCCCAGGGCCAAGCCAACUUCAGGAUGCCCCUCCUUGACAAUAACAACAGGGACAGGAAGACGAGCCAGCUGGGUGGUGACGUGAGUGGCCCCUGGGGCCCAGCUCAGGGUCAGGCGGGCCCUUCCCCAAGCACUUCCCCUGCGGCCGAAGCAGAGCAUGAUGGGAUGUCGACGGCGCAGAAGAGCACUCUGAAGUGGGAGAAGGAGGAGGUUCUCGGGGAGAUGGCGACCGUCGCCCCGGUGCUGUACAGCAACAUCAACUACCCCGACCUGAAGGAGCAGCAUCCAGACUGGUCUACGAGAGUGAAGCAGAUUGCUAAGCUUUGGAGAAAAGCCAGCUCCCAGGACAGAGCGCCCUAUGUUCAAAAAGCCCGGGACAACCGCGCUGCCCAGCGCAUAAACAAGGUUCAACUGUCCAAUGACUCUCUCAAGCGUCAGCACGUUCAGCAGCAUCAGCAACAGCAUCAGCAGCAGCAGCAGCAGCAACAGCAUCAGCAGCAGCAGCAGCCGCAGCAGCAGCAUCAUCAGCAGCAGCAGCCAGUGGUCCAUGAUCCCUAUGACCCUGUUUCUAUGGACAACGAGAUGGGGUUCAAAGACCCGCUCAGGCCCAGAGAGUCUGAACAGGAACAGGAAUGGAAGCUCCGACAGGGAGAGGUUAAUGACACUUGGGGAGCCGGUAUGAAGAGGCAGGAAAAUCUCAUCAAAACCAAAGCCCUAAAAUCACCAACAGAUAAAGAUUGUCCCUACCAGGCAUCUGUAGCAGGAAGUGGCAAAGAGGCUCUGCAAAUGCGCCAGCAGAGCAAACAGCAGGCCAAGAUCGAAGCCACCCAAAAACUGGAACAAGUCAAGAACGAGCAGCUUCAACAGCAGAGGCAGCAACAGCAACAGCUCCUGGGCGGCCAGCCCCUCAGCCGGGGGGUGUCUCCAGAGACCGGCAGCCGGAGCCCCAUGAUGAGCCCUCAGCAGUCGCCCCUCCAGCACAUGGGCUUCAAGGAGAUCCGGACGCCGCACCUCCAGGGGAGCCAGGGCCCGGCGCUGGCCGACGACGUCUUCCUCCGGCCGCAGGCCCCGCCCCCCACGGGGCUCUCCCAGAGCCACCCGUCCUCCCCUCACCCCGCCUCCCCCCAGAUGUUCUCCCCUUCCUCGCGGCCCUCCUCUCCCUGGGACCCGUACGCCAAGGUGGUGGGCACGCCGCGCCCCGCCUCCGCCCAGCAAGGGGGUCCGCAGACGGCCCAGCACCAGCGGCCGAACUCCCUGGGCGCCUCGCCGGCCCACGACUCCUUCGGCUGUCCCUCCCCGGACGCCAAGACCAUGGGGCCUCAGCAAGGUUCCCCCAGGAACCCUGAGCUGCAGCAGGGCAGGAUGAUGAGCCCGGCGUCCGGCUCCAACCCAGACCUCUCCGGGAGGCAGACCUAUCAGCGGGCGCCGCACAACAGCAACAACAGCAACCGCAUGGCUGAGAUGGGCCCGGGGGGGCUGUUCAAGACCCCCAUGCCCCCCCACCACCAGUCGCAGCAGGAGGCCUACGGGGUAUCUGUAGGCGGAGGCAUGGGCGUAGGCCGGAGGGACUCGUUCGACCGCUCCUCCCUCCCCCCUCAGAGACCCACCGAGCUGGGCUUUGCCUCGCCCCAGCUCCAGGACCCCAUGUUCCCCUCCAGCCCCCUGUCGGGUCUGGGCUCCCCUCACCGCAGCCCUUACUCCCAGGCCCCAGGGACCCCCCGGCCGGACUACAGCCAGGUCCCGGAGCCCUUCGCUCAGCAGUCCGCCCUGAGCUCCGCAGCCUCCCCGGACCCCUACUCAAACGCCCCGACCCCCGGGACGCCCCGACCCCACUCGGACGCGUCCUACCUGGCCAACCCGGCCGGGCUGAGGCUGGACCAGUUCGGCCAGCAGGCGGCCGGUCGCAGGCAGUCCCCCUCCCAGCCGGCCCUGGACCCGUACGGCUCCAUGCCGGGGACGCCCCGCAGCUACCCGCGGUCCCCCGGCAGCCAGAGGAGCGCCGACCCGUUCGGCCAGGGCGCGGGCGGGAGCAGACCCUCUCCCGACCCCUACGGCCAGCAGCCCUCCACCCCGCGGCCACAGAUGGCCCCCGGGACGCCCGGGGGCUCGGUGAUGUCCCCGAUGUCUCAGAGCCACCCGGGAGACGCCGGCGCCUUCCCUCAUGGCCACCAACAGCUGCAGCAGUCGCCCGGGAGGCUCCAGCAGCAGGACUUGUUCCCUCGAGCCCCGGGCUCUCAGACCCCCAAGCACCCAGGGUUGUCGGACGACGGCGGGUUCUCCACCAUGUCCCGCCGGACGCCAGGGCACGACCCCUUCGAGCAAGGCCACAUGGCAUCGGGGCCUUCACAGAUGGAAAAGACGGGCGCCAAUGAGAUGGCGUCGCUGGGCGGGAACCCCUUGGAGGGACCAAUCAGCAUAGUUCCUCAGCUAGGUGACUCCGAGGAGAAACUACGACAGCGUCAGCGGCUUCGCCAGCUAAUCCUGAGGCAGCAGCAGCAGAAGACGGCCCUCCGGCAGGAGAAGGGGCUUCAGGAACAGGCCUCGGGACCCGCCAGGCCCCCCGCUGCUCCCCCCGCCUCCCCCCAAGGUCCCACUGGACCUGGUCAGACCACCCCUCGCCACUGGUCCCAAGAGGACCAGUCGGUGCUGGCGGCGAUGCAGCCGGACCUGUUCGGCCGCCCUCCUCCCCCCUACCCCGGUACGGGCCGGGCCGGACCCCAGGCCAUCAGGGCCCCCGGGCCCUUCCCCACUAACGAGGGCCCCUACCUUCGGCAGCCUGUUAGGAUGGGUGCCGUUGCCAACAUGCCCAACAUGGCUAACAUGGGGCUCCGGCCCCAGAACAUGAGGUUUGGCUUCCCAGGGGUUCAAGGGGAGCCCUUUCUGCGCGCUGCCCAGCAGACACUGCCCGGCGCUGCUCAGAUCCCCCCUGAAGGCCUGCCGGGGCAGAUCAGACGACCCAUGCCCGGAGACUUCUCCGGCAUCCGACCCAUCACCGCACUGGCAAACCAGCCGCGGCCCCUGAUGAUGACCGGGGUUCCCCAGCCCUUCCUGUCCCACGCCCUGCCUCUGCAGCAGCACAGCAUCAUGGGCCAGCCCUUCAUCGAGCUGAGGCACCGGGCUCCAGACAGCCGUGUCAGGCUGCCCUACCCGAUGGGCGGCCCCAUGGAGCAGCAACCGCAGCAGCAGAACCCCCACAGCCAGCAGGCCGUCCCGGCGGGAAUGUCUGGCAUGGACCUGCUGUACCAACACCAGGGCCUGGUGGCCCACCAGCACCAGCAUCAGCCCCCGCUCGGUCACCACGGCAACAUGUCUCAGGGCGGCGACACGGGGCUGCCGGGCGGUGACGGGAUGGAGGAGCACCUAGAGGGAGAGGACUCGGCGGUGAAGGACCUGGAAGACGUGGAGGUCAAAGACCUGGUGGACCUCAACCUGAACCUAGACCCAGAGGACGGAAAAGAGGAGCUGGAUCUGGGGCCCAACGACCUCCACCUGGACGACUUCCUGCUCUCCGGGAAGUUUGACCUCAUCGCCUACGCCGACCCGGAGCUGAACCUGGAGGACAAGAAGGACAUGUUCAACGAGGACCUGGACCUGAGCGACCCCGCGGAGGAGACCCACAGCAGGGCGCUCAAGGGGAAGAACGAGGAGGUCGCGGAGGACGACGGGGCGGGGGUCUCCAGGCAGCCAGAGGUCCAGGGCUACAGCCCGGGCCAGGUCAAACAGGAGGUCUCCGAGCUCCAGGUGACCAACACGCGGCAGGACAGCAUCAAGAUGGAGAGCGGCAGGGACUGCCUGUCCCUCCACAACCCCCUCGCUGCCAUGACGUCCAGCAGAGCCCAGGGCAGUGAGCCUGCAGGCCUGUACCAGGGCUCCUCUCAGCCUGGCUCCUCCAUGGCCCACUGCAAGAAGUUGGAAGGGCCUGGUUCUCAGCAGACCGGAGCCGGACUAGGGGGUGGACCUGGUGUCCAAGGCCAGGAACAUGCAGGGUCCGGGAUCCCCGUUCCUUACGGAAUCCCCCCCGCGCCAGCAGGACAACCAUCUGUCUACCAGCAGCAGCAGAGGGGCUUUAUGCCCCACCCCGCUCCCCCCCACCUACUGCUCCCUCCUCAGACCCUGCCUCCUCAGGCGGGGAUGCCGCCACAACCCCAGCCCCAGGUUCCAAAUCAGGCCCUGUUCAGUGCUCAGCAGCAGGGCCCCCUGUCCCAGGGCCCGCCCCCCCUGUCCCAGGGCCACAGGCCCCUCCUCCUGGGGGAGCAGCCUCUGCUCCUGCAGGACCUGCUGGACCAGGAGAGACACGAGCAGCAGCAGCAGAGACAGAUGCAGACUAUGAUCCGCCAGAGGCCCACCUGUGAAACACUGCCGCCUAGCCUGGAAUUUGACUCGAUCUCAGACCCCAUCAUGAAGGCUAAGAUGGUGGCUCUGCAGGGUAUCAACAAGGUCAUGAGUCAGGGCAGUCUGGGCCUCAACCCCAUGGCCAUCAACAGAUUCCAACAGGACCCAGGGUCCCAGCCGCCUGCACGGCCGUCUCAACCUCCACAAAUAUUGGGACAGGAUGGUAAACUCACGCCUCAGUUGGCCCGGCCUACCCCUCCCAGUUUCGCCCCUGGGUUUGUCAACGAGGCAGAGCGCCGGCAGUACGAGGAGUGGCUGGAGGAGACCCAGCACCUCCUGCAGAUGCAGCAGGGCUACCUGGAGCAGCAGAUCGCCGGCCACCGCAAGGCCAAGAGGGCCAUGUCCGCCAAGCAGCGCAGCGCCAAGAAGGCCGGCCGGCCCGUCACCGAGGACGAGCUCACCCAGCUCCGAGGCAUCACCCAGCAGCAGGCGGCGGUGCAGAAACAGCUGGAGCAGAUCCGAAAGCAGCAGAAAGAUCACGCCGAGUUGAUCGACGAAUACAAAACCAAACAGCAGCAACAAAGGGUGCUACAGCAGCAUCAACAGCAACAACAGCAGCAGCAUCAACAACAGCAGCAGCAAUUGCAGCAGCAACAGCAGCAGCAACUGCAGCAGCAUCAGCAACAGCAUCAACAACAGCAACAACUGCAGCAGCAACAGCAGCAACAAUUGCAGCAACAACAAUUGCAGCAGCAGCAGCAUCAACAAUUGCAGCAGCAGCAACAACAGCAGCAGCAACAACAGCAUCAACUGCAGCAGCAGCAACAACAACUGCAGCAGCAGCAGCAGCAGCAGCAACAACAACAACAACAACAGCAGCAGCUGCAGCUACAACAACAGCAGCAGCAGCCUGCUAUGAUUCCACCUGCGGCGCCCACUGUUGGCCAGCCCAUCCUGGGCCAGCCCUUGAUGCCCAUGCAGGCCCACCAGGGGACACCCACCCAACGACCGACAAUGCAAAGCCCACCGGCGGCUUGGAACCCCGCAGCCGUGCGUCCAUGCGUACCCAUCGGCCAAAGGAUGCCCGGCCAGAUACCUCCAGCGGUGGCCAACGCCCCCCAGCCACAUGGCCCGCCGGCCCAGGGCAUGACCCCUGGCAUGGGGACUCCAUCUGGGGCGAGCUUUCCCCCAGCGUCACCCCAAGCCCCCCAGGCUGCCGGAGGAUCCCCUGGAGCGGCGGGUCCAAACGGAGCCGCAGCCCGACAGGUAAACUUUGACGACAACAACCCGUUCAGUGAAGGUUUCCAGGAGAGAGAGAGGAGAGAGAGACUCCGAGAACAGCAGGAGAGACAGAGGGUCCAGCUCAUGCAAGAGGUGGAGCGUCAUCGGGCCAUGCAGCAGAGACUGGUGCUGGAGCAGCAGAGCCUGCUUGGGGCCACUAUGGGGCCCGGGGCCGCUAUGGGGCCCGGCCCCUCACUGAGCUCUGUGGUUCGCCACGGGCCUCCUCCCGGGCCUGCGUCUGGAGUUGGUGGUCAAGCUGGCCCAGGGGUUCCCCCCGGUGGGGAGAGCCUCUCCCAGAUGCCCUUCUUCAGCUCGGAGCUACCGCAGGACUUCCUUCAGUCCCCUCCGGGCUCCGCGGCCCCCCAGCAGCAGGAGGUCCCCCUCCAGCAGGGCUACGGCGUGCCCCCAGGCCACAGCCCGAUGCCACUCCGGCCCCAGGUCGGCCAAGGAAACACAGACAUGACGAGACCCCUCCUCCAGACCAGACCCAGACACCCUGGCCCCGCCGGCCCCGCGGCCCAAGGACAGGUGCGUCCGCCUGGGCUAGGAGGAGCAGGGACGGCCGCGCCCCAGCCCGAUCUCCAUCGCCACCCCUUCAGCCAGGAGGCCUCCGCCUCCCUCAUGCAGCUCUAUUCUGACAUCCUCCCGGAGGAGAAACAGAAGAAGAAGAGGAACAGGAAGAGGGACGGAGACGACGCCACCGGGGCCAGGACCCCGCUGUCGUCCUACUCCGACGACGUCACCGCUCCCACCACCCCGGCCGUCUCGGACACUUCCUGCUCCACCCCGACCCGGGGCAACAUGGAGCAGGCUGAUUUCUUCAUGCACCAGAGCUCUGGCCUGGCCUCCUCCACGGAGCUGGAGAGGCAGCUGGCCGGAGCCGCUCUGGCAGUCAAGGAGGAACACGUGGAAGGCGCAGUAUGUGGAGGAGGCGUGCUGAAGAGAGAGAACGGAGGACAGAUGACCUCCUCUCCUCUACACGGAGGGGUGGCCGGCGACGCAGGGAAGGAGCUUCUGAGACACCUCCUGAAGGACAAGGCCUCUGCUGCCGCCCAGGCCCCGCCCACAUGCCGCCAGCUGUCCAAUGACAGCCUGCGGUCUGAGGAAGAGGAGGGCCCAGCCGGGCCUGGGUCACAUAACAGCCUGGUGCUGGAGGGCGGUGGCACCGCUGAGCUGAUGGAGAGCCUGAAGAGAAAGCAGCAGCAGCAGCAGCGCUGUAAGAGGCCGGGCAAGAUGGAGAAGGAGAAGGUUCCCCUGAAGGCCAAGAGGAGGAAGAAGGAGGACGAGGAGGGCGUGCUAUACUCCUCGAACACGGACACACUGAUGACUCAAGUCAAACAGCAGCUCUCCCUCCUCCCUCUGAUGGAGCCGGUGAUGGGGGUGAACGUGUCUCUGUUCCCCCCGUUCGGCAGCUCCAACCUGGACCGGGACAGCCGGCUCACGGGCUCCUUCGGCAGCGCGUCCCUGGACGGGGUGACGGACUACUACUCUCAGCUCAUCUACAAGCAGAACAACCUCAGUAACCCGCCGACCCCCCCGGCCUCCCUGCCGCCCACCCCUCCGCCGGUGGCUCGCCACAAGCUGGCCAACGGCUUCGCCACCACCGACGAGCUGGUCAGGACCAAGGCAGCGCUCAGAGAGCAGGAGGCGAAAGGAUUGUCAGCGGUGAAGCAGAAAGGGGAGGAGCUUCUCAGCCUUAACCACGCCUCUAAGACCGUGGACGUGCCCGCCUCCCUGCCGACGCCCCCCCACACCAACCAGGAGGAGCUCAGGGUCCAGGAGCUGAGCGCGGGCCGAGACAAGAACAGGGACAGUCCCGAGGGCUACGUCCCGUCCUCCUCUCCCGAGUGCGAGACGGACAUGGAGGUCAGCCGCUACCCGGACCUCUCCCACGUCAAGCUGGAGCAGCCUUCUCCCUGCGCCUCGCCUACAAUACCCAUCAUGCCCUGCGCCUGGGGGAAAGGCUCGGCGAUAAAGCAGGAGAUCAAGGCUGAGCCAAGCCAGUUGGGACCGCCCUCGUGUUCAAACACUGGUCUGGUGUCCAUCGGUAUAACGCUGAACUCCAUCGCGGCUCAGAACAUCCCUCGCUUCAUGUUGGCCAUCGCUGAACUGCUGCGUGUGCCGGUGCCCCCCAGCUACCAGGUGGCCCAGCUGCCCCCAGGGCCCAUGGCCAGGCCCGACCGCAGCUCCCUGGCCAUGCUGGCCAACGUCAGAGUCCCCAUGCCACACGGGUCACAGGCCAUCAGACAUCCAUCGAUGGGCCCCCACCAGGCGGGAAACCGAAUGAUCAGACCCCCCGGGGCCCCGACUACCAGCCCUUCAGGCGUCAGAAUGGACUACAGCCAACAUGGCGGACCCAAGCCCCAUGGUUGCACUCACUGCAAGGCACCGCUGCUGGGAAAUGUAGUCCACAUGACCACCAAGAACCUCAAACAGGAGGGCCAGUCCAGAGCAGCCACCACCCUGCCGUUCUGUAGCACCAACUGCUCUGCGCUCUACUCGUCUGGUCUGCAGAGCAAACAGGCUGACGUCAAGCCGGCGGCUCCUCCCCCCUCGCUCCCCGAGGAGAGCAGGGGAGCCUCUCCCAGUAAGACCCAGCAGCACCAGUACACCAGCAACAUGUCCUCCAUCGCCGUCCACUGCCUCCCGCUGUCCUCCUCCUCCUCCUCUUCCUCCUCUGGCCCCGCGCCCCCCUCCUCCCCUCCCCUCUCCUUCCCCCCGGCCUCCGCCCUCACCUCGGACAGCGCCGCCAAGACGGACAGCCUCAAGGUGACGGUGAAGCUGAAGCCCCGCCCACGCGCCGUCCCGGGCGGCGGAGGCGAGGACUCUUCGUCCUCGUCCUCGUCCUCGUCCCGCCACGGCGUGAAGCGUCUGAAGCCCUCUCGCUGGUGCCGCUGGAGCCUGCGCAUCACGCUGCCCCGCGGCGGGGGGCAGGCCGCCCCCCUGCCCAGCGAGGAGGAGGUGGACCUGCUGCUCAGGAAGCUGGGCGUGUGUCUGCGGCCCGACCCGCUGCCCCGGGACCAGCGCCGCUGCUGCUUCUGCCGCCAGCUGGGCGACGGGCUGACGGACGGGCCGGCCCGCCUCCUCAACCUGGACCUGGACCUCUGGGUCCACCUGAACUGUGCGCUGUGGUCCAGCGAGGUGUACGAGACCCAGGCUGGGGCCCUGAUCAACGUGGAGCUGGCCCUGCGGCGGGGGCUGGCCCUGCGCUGCGCCCACUGCCAGCAGACCGGGGCCACCAGCGGCUGCAACCGCCUGCGCUGCUCCAACACCUACCACUUCACCUGCGCCCUGCUGGCCAGCUGCACCUUCUUCAAGGAUAAGACCAUGCUGUGCCACCUCCACAAGCCGCGGUCGGGGCUGCCCCCGGGGGGCGUUGAGGCCCCCAGGCCCUCCACCAGCGGCGCCUCGCCCAGCUCCUCGUGCUCGCCGCGCUCCCCCCCGGGGGGCGGGCCCGGCGCCGAGGACCCCUACGACUCGGAGCUGCGCUGCUUCGCCGUGGCGCGGCGCGUCUACGUGCAGCGGGACGAGGCGCGGCAGAUCGCCGCCAUCGUGCAGCGCGGCGACCGCCAGCACACCUUCCGCGUGGGCAGCCUGGUGUUCCGGGCGGUGGGCCGCCUGCUGCCCCAGCAGAUGGCCGCCUUCCACAACCACGGGGCCAUCUUCCCUGUGGGCUACCAGGCCCACCGCCUCUACUGGAGCAUGCGCCACAGCAACCGGCGGUGUAAGUACAUGUGCUCCAUCGAGGAGCUGGAGGGCGAGCCCCUCUUCAAGCUGAAGGUGGUGGAGAAGGGCUACGAAGACCUCAUCCUGACCGGACCCACCCCCAAAGUGGUGUGGGACCGCGUCCUGGAGCCGGUGUCGGGGCUGCGGACCGCCAGCGGGACCCUCAAGCUGUUCCCCGCCUACCUGAAGGGGGAGGACCUGUUUGGGCUCAGCACCUCGGCGGUCACCCGCAUCGUGGAGUCGCUGCCCGGCGUUGAGGCGUGUGACCGCUACACCUUCCGCUACGGACGCAACCCCCUGAUGGAGUGGCCCCUGGCCUUCAACCCGUCUGGCUCCGCCCGCUCGGAGCCCAAAGCCUGCCAGACCAAGAGGCCCACCCUGCUGACCAGCAUCGCCCCGCGGUGCCAGGGCUCGGUGGGGGCCAUCGUGGGCCUGGUGCCCGGCGUCAUCUCCCUGUCCCCCGGGGAGGCGGUGGCCGGGGCCCCCCAGGGCCGCCACUCCAAGUCGGCCCAGUACCGCCGCAUGACCGCCGAGUGGAAGACCAACGUUUACCUGGCCCGCUCACGCAUCCAGGGUCUUGGUCUGUACGCGGCCAGAGACAUAGAGAAGUGCACCAUGGUCAUCGAGUACAUCGGAACCAUCAUCCGGAGUGAAGUGGCCAACCGCAAGGAGAGGCUGUACGAAGCUCAGAACCGUGGCGUGUACAUGUUCAGGAUCGACAACGAUUACGUCAUCGACGCCACCAUCACCGGAGGACCUGCGAGGUACGUCAACCACUCCUGCUCUCCCAACUGCAUCACGGAGGUGGUGACCGUGGAGCGAGAGAACAAGAUCAUCAUCAGCUCCUGCAGACGCAUCCAGAGAGGAGAGGAGCUCUCUUACGACUACAAGUUUGACCUGGAGGACGAUCAACACAAGAUCCCCUGUCACUGUGGAACGCUCAACUGUCGCAAAUGGAUGAACUGACGCUCACCUUGACACACACUUACACACUCACUCCCAGGUGCACGCCUGCUCUGAGUGUGGUUGGCAGCUCUCUUCGUCUUGGUGCUGUGUUCAGCGGAGAAUCCCGUCUUUGACCAUCACAUAAACAAUGAUUAACAAAUCCUAUAUUCAUGUAGACUGUUUUUCUUUUCACUGGCGGCAUUUAGUCUUUUCCAUGAUUGGCUGUUUUUUUUUUUGGUUUAUGUCGAGUCCAACAGUGUCGGGUGAGUGCAGGGGUCAGAGGUCACCUGAUCGGUGGUGGGUUCACUGAUUGGCUACUGCCUCACGUCCCGUCUUCAAGGGGCUGGUCCUCUUUGAAAGGAAAAGAGGAAUAUUAUCUAUGUACAUACAUUGUCGCCGCCGUGGCGGUUGGACACAUGCUUUAGCGCAACACGCAGCUUAACUCCAGAAUGUACGCCCUUCUAGUUCCUGAAAGGGAGGAUUAUUAACUUGCACUAAUAACUGGAGACAAAUUCCCGUCGCAGAAAUACUUGAUUCCAUGAGUCAGUUUUUGGUUUCCCCCCCGUCUCGCUUAGUUCUCCCUCCCUCUCUUUUUUUAAUUUUGUGUAAAAUAAGAGAUCUUUUGUAUUUAUUACUGAAUGAAGCUAUUUUCUAAACUGCAGGAGGUUUGGUGGCUAGAAUUAUGUAAAUAUCUGUAUCGAAACGAGACGAGAAAUCCGUGUAGAGAAUCAUGACCAAGAGCUACCUUGACCACAUCAUCAUCUUCACCUUCAUCAUGGUUGUCUGGAAGCUGUAUCUGUUAGACCAGGCAGGGUGGUAUAUUAUGUAAAUGUGUACAGAAUGUUUAUAGAACAGAGUAUUUUUGUUCCAUUUUACCUUUUUUGUUUAAAGGCAAAAGAAAACAAAUUGACCACAUGAAAUAAUUUUGAAUUUAAGAGUUUUGAAGUGUUCUUUGAAAACAUUUUUUCCUGGCUUCCCGAAGGUCCGCCUCUUCCUGCCUGGCUGCCUUGUCAAUCAAAACCCCCCUUUUUUUGACAGAAGGCCUCGCUUAUGUUCCUAAUAACAUUUCUGGAAAUGACAACCCAGCUACAUACUUGCAAAUAUGCGUCUGUUCAUUUUAAUUGUUGAAACUUUGUGUGCGUGUGCGUGUGUGUGUGUGUGGCCCAUGUUUUUUGAAAUCAGAGCUUUUGAAUCUGAUAGAAGCUUCUUAACUUGCCGUUUGUGGCCUGGAAUAAAACUGGUAGUAUCAGUUCUUUUUUUUUUUAUAUGUAUUUUUGGUUUGGUGCACAUAAAGAGCUGUGGACUGUCCAAGUGGCUGUUGUAAUAUCUAGAUCCACACACAGCAUGUCCCUGUCUGCCCCACAGCCACAGUGUAUAUACUCACUCCCACCUCUCUACCCCCUGUAGUCGUUGUACAUUUCCCACCCUAACAAGCCACUGAUCCCAGUCCUGAUGUGUACAGUCGUAGAAUCUAUUGAUGGACACAUGAAGCCUUUUGAAGAAAAUGUGACCUAAUAAUUAUGUAUCUUUAUGUUUUUGGGAAAAAAAAGUUGUGAAUUUAGGAUCAUUUACAAAAAAUAAAAAUAUUUUACAUCUUGA